UCUCUCUAGCAAUUAGGGUUGCCCCACGCCGCCGCCAGGGGCUGACCACCGCCCAGGUCCCUUGUCUCAGCCGGCGCGCCGCCGAACGCCUCCAGCCCCAUCCUACUCCAUCCCCCAUCCACCCGAAGAGGCUCUCCACUCCGCCGCCAGGAGAACUUCUGCUGCCCCUGCGGCUACAAAUCAGGGGAGAGAACCACCGGCUUGCCACUAUAGUCGGGAGCCUCAAUCCCCCCAUCUGCCGGACGAGCUUCUACACCCAUCCGAGUUGCCCCACCGCAAGCUAGCCACUGAAGCAUAACAGCGGUCGGAGAGAAAGGAGGAGUGGCGCCACCGGUGACUCCACACCUCUCCGUCCCCGACAACAACCAAAUAUUUGAGUGGAGUGGAGGGAGGAGAGCGGGUGGUGAGAUAAGAGGAGGUAGAUAGGUGAUGAAUCCAGUUGAGAUUCCCCACUGGUUCAAUCCCGUUCCCAACUCAAUGUGUGUGGAUGGAAAGAGGCUGCGGCAAUCUGCAAUGCCUGUUGACCCCGUGUCCAAGGUGCUCGAUGACGAUAACCUUCUCAUUGAUAUCCUCCUCCUAAUCGGCUACCCCACCACCCUCAUCUGCGCCUCUCUUGUCUGCAAACGUUGGUUCUAUCAUGCCUCUGACCCUGCCUUCCUCUGCCGCUUCCGCAAGCUCCACCCGCCCUGCCUCCUCGGCGUAUAUUUCAAGACCAGGGCGAACCGCUCACGCUUUGUGCCGAUGCUACCGCAGCCCCCAGAGAAUGAUGCAGUCAUCAGCUGCGCAAGCUCCAGCCUGGAUGCACAUAAACUCAUCUUGGAUGACUGCAAUGACAUCAUCUUCACCAAAACAUGUAACAACUGCAAAGAAGAACCCAGAUCAAUACAUAUAGUGCUCAACCCGCUCUGCCCUGCAAGAGGCAUGGUUAUCGUACCUCCAUUCCCAUGCUACGGACGACAGGACGGCUAUUUCUACAAGUACUGUAAACUCCUAUUCGAAGAAGAAAGUGACGGCUUGUCAUACCUCUGUGUGCGGGGUGAACUUUCUAAUGAUGGAAGAAAAUCUACCGUGUAUGUGUAUAUGUUGCAAGAUGGUGUUUGGUGCUUGCAUACCUCAGCAACGACACAACUUCCUUGUCGGCCACAGAUACUGAAUCCUCUGCUUGUUGACAAUAAAAUCUACAUGGCGGCCACCCAGAGUGAAACUCUUGUGUUGGAUUUGACAGCCUCAAGUUUCUCCACAUUUCAGGUCCCACAAGGGUUGGUUAUUGGUUACAAACGAACCAUGUUAUCACGGGCAUAUGAUAAUUCUGGUGUAUAUCUCAUUCAUUUGAACGGGCUUCAGCUUUGCAUCUGGCUGCGCACAGGGGACAACUGGUUGCUGGUGGAUACCAUCUGCUUGCGUGAGAUGUAUGCUAAAUUGAGGAUGGGGGUAAAUGCUGAGUUUGUUUUCUUGAAGAUGGGCCGAUGCCUAGUCUAUGUGGGUAUCAAGUGCAGGAAGUUGUGUAAAGUGUAUGAGAUGACAAGCGAGGAUCGAUGGUUGGGUCGUAUCCAUCCUUGUAUGAUGAUCUGGCCUCCCACACUCCAUGCGCUCAAGGAUGGUCCUGCAAGAUGAGGAAGGCCUUGGAUCAAAGAAGAGCAAACUGCGGCUGGGUGGUGCGGUAGCGAAAACCACUCGUUUUAGAGAAGCGAGUGCAUUAUCUGUUAGCUGUGUUGACUCAGAGACCAGUUAUUGCUCGGUAAUGGAUUGGGAUGGUGGAUAAAACUGGUAUUGAACAGGUGCUCCUAUUAUUGUUUUCAACAGACAUGUAUGUUUGUAUUGAACAGGUUGUGUUUUUUUACUUCCCGGUGUAUGUAUUGUCCAUUGCAAAACAUGUGCUCGACUCUGUUAGCAACGUG